UGUUUGUUGACUAUUCUGCCAAAGCGAACAGACGACUCGUUGGCUUGAGUUUUAGGUUAUAAUACACAUUUUUAACAUAUUUUUUGUUCGUAUAUAUAUUAUUUUAGAAUAUUUGUAAAAAAGUAGAGUGUAUUUUGAAGUAAAUUUAAUUCUCAAUUGUUUCAAACCAAUUCGAAAAUAUGGCAAGCCCGCGAACGAGAAGAGUUCUUCAAGAUUUGAUGUCCCAGUUUGAUAACUCUAAAUGUUUUGAAUGUGGAGCUCAUAAUCCACAGUGGGCGUCUGUCACAUAUGGAAUCUGGAUCUGUCUGGAAUGUUCAGGAAAACACAGGGGUCUUGGAGUUCAUUUAUCUUUUGUUAGAUCAAUAAGUAUGGAUAAGUGGAAAGAUAUAGAAUUAGAGAAAAUGAAGGUGGGUGGUAACAGGAGGGCAAGAGAAUUCUUUGAUACGCAAGAUGAUUGGGAUGAUACAGUUCCAAUACAACAACGUUACAAUUCCAAAGCUGCAGCUUUAUAUAGGGACAAGAUUGCUACGUUAGCACAAGGAAAGAACUGGAAUCAAGCAACAGCUCAAGCACAAGUUUACAACUCCUCAAUGGCCAGCUCUAGGCAACAAUCACAAAGAAGUGUCUCACCCCAGUACGAUGACAACUCUUACAACAGUAACAGCUAUCAGAACAUGGGCUCACAGAAUUUUAAGGAUGAGACGGAGGCUUUCUUCAACCGAAAACAGAAUGAAAAUGCUUCCAGGCCAGAUGAUGUGCCGCCAAACCAAGGCGGAAAAUAUUCUGGUUUUGGCUACACAAUGGAACCCCCGCCAAAGAGUCAGUCACAGGAGUUCUUUGAUACUGCAGUAUCCUCUUUAGCCAGUGGAUGGUCAAUGUUCUCCACGGGGGCCACCAAGCUUGCCACCAAAGCCACUGAAGGAGCAAUCAAAGUAGGAGGUAUCGCCACACAAAAGGUAGCUGAAAUUGGUGUUAAUGUUAACGAUAAGGUUAAAGAUGGUACAUUGUUGGAUAGUGUAGGAUCACAAGUAUCUAGUUUGGCCAACAAGGUUAGUGAUCUUGGGCGUCGGGGCUGGCAGGAUCUGUCUGGUAGUAACACGCCAGCCUCUCCCCCUGCUCCUUCACAUUCUGUCUCCACUGACCCAUUCUCCAAUGAGAAGUCAUCUCUCUUGGUCGACGGAAACGUAAAACAGAGGAACCAAAACAGCAGUGGAUCCCAAAAUGAAUGGGAUAGUUGGAACAACCCCAAAAAGAGAAAUUCUGGGAACCCAAUAACAAAUGCUGAUUGGAACAACAAAUGGGAGGACGAAGCUUGGGAAAAUCUCAAUAAAUAAUAAAACGUUGUAUAAAAUACAUUUUAAGUAUUUUAGUUUGUAUGACUUUAAAUUGGAUCUAUUUGAAAUAUUUUCUAUAAAUUAAUUAUAUUUUGUAAACCCAAUUUAUUAAUUUAAUUUUCUUUAGAAAUUUCUUAUUUCACUGAUUUAAACAACUAUUUGACAAAAUUGAUCUAUUCAUUUACCCAUUUGGAUCAAUAUAGAACAAUGUUCAGCAAAAUUAUUACUAUACUCAGUUUUGAUUUAUCUCAUUAAUUUUGCCCCCACUAAAAUGUAGUUCUUGAAAUAAAAAAUAAAUAGAUUUUCACAACUAUAAGUAUAGUAAAUUGAUGUAAAUAAUGAGAAAGUGAACUAUUUUGAUAAUUUGACUCAUUUAAACGUUUAUUUAAAGCAGGUCUGAAUUGUAGACGUAACCAUAAGAAUAGCGGUAUUAUUCCUAAUGGUACUGGCUUGUCAGGAAUAAAUCAGAAUUACUUACUUUAACUGUUGUGUAAAAUUAAUGAAUGUGUAUUACUUCAUUAUAAUUAUUAAAUAUAAACUUGAAUCAUACACGUGUGAGUUUAUUCCUAUAUUUUAUGACUCAAAGGUAUAACAUAGUAUACAGAUAGGUGUUAAUUUAUGUAUUGAAUAAUAGCACAAUAUUUAUGUAUAUUAUGAAAAUUUAGCUUUUGAUUUCAAUCAUUAUAUUGCGUUUGUUGCAUUUGGAAAAUGUUUAGUGGGAAAUCACAGAUAAUUUUAUGCAACUGUUAUCAUAACAGUAUUGAACUUGAAGCGCCUUGAGUGAAAAGUUGCAUUCCAUUUUUUUUAUGUUAUUACACUUAAGGUAGGUUUUAAGUAUAUUAUUUUACAUAGUAGAAUAUACUUCACAAACCCAGCUUUAAUUGGGUGAAGCCGACAAUAUUUUUUACAUCUUAUUGGCAACUAAAUACAAGGCUUUUCCUUCUUAAAUAUUCAGUUUGCUAAAUAUAUUUUGUAAUUAAAUAUAAAUGUUAUGAUUGAAUACUCUUAGUUUAAACUUUUCUAGUUAAAAGUCAGCUUUACUGGUUAUCAUUUUUAUUUUCAUACCAAAGGACAUACUUAACCAUAAAACUUAAUUCAAUAUAUUUUUCAGUGAAUUUUAUAUAUUUGCGUUGACCAAAACUCAUGGUCAUUUUAAUGCAGUGGCUCUCAAACAAAAUUGUAAAUACAUUAAGUUAUAUACAAAAUUAUAUAGAUAAGUUGGACCAACUAACCAAUUGCAAAAUGUUAAGCAAAAAGUCAAUACACUUGCAUUUAAUCUUAGUUUUGUUUUUAGUAGAAACAAAAGAAUGUAACACAUCAAGAUUUAUUUAAACUUGCCUUUUCAUUUACAACACUGUUGCCAUUCAUUAUUAAAUAAAGCUUAGUGUGAUUGCCUUUUUUUGUUGAAGAGUGAUAUAAGUUAAAGAUUUGAGUAAUUCCAUUAUGUUUUAAUAUUUUUUUUUAAAGUGGCUGUAAAUCAACUUUAUCUAUUUUUUACCAAACAUUAUAAUAAAUGUAUAUAUCUUAUCUUAUACGGAAAUAUACUCAUUAAACAUUGAGAAUGUAGUUCAGCCUGAUUUAUUGUUGUUGUACUUAUUUGGCAUUGUUACUCAUCAAUAUUGUUGAAUAAAGUUAAUUUGUCAGCAUUAUAA